AUGCAUAUCAUCGCCACGAUCGCCCUGCUCGCCACCGCCAUCUACGCCCAAGGACCCGGGGUCCCUGUGCCUGUAACACCAGCUCUGCCCGGUCCUCAGGGAUGCGCAGCUCAACACGUUCUGAACAGCUGUCUGAACACCCAAGGCCUGAUGCUGGGGGCAUGCGCAUACAGCGACUGGGCAUGCAAAUGCGAGGCCCAGAAGACCAUCGUGUCGUGCUUUAACUCGUGCCCAGGCGACGAAACGCGCACGGCCCAGGAAGGCCAGGUCAAGGUAUUCUGCAAUGCCUCGAAGGCUGUGUCCACCAGCGCAUCGGUCAUGGCCAGCAGCAGCAUCAAGGCCGAGAAGAAGUCGGCUGAGAGCAAGCCCACGGUGUCGGCGGAGGAUGUGGCCGAGCACAAGAAGGAGAGGGAAAAGGAGGAGAUGGCGAAGGCGAAGGCGAAGGCCAGCAUUAAACCGAUUAGCGGGCAGGACGAAGUCAAGGACAAGCAGAAGGACGCGCACAAAGACUCGGAUGAUGCGCAGAUGAUGUCGGGUGCCGACCGCCGUGUGGCCUCAAUAGCAGCGGUAGCCGUGGGCUAUGCUCUGUCAGAUUUUCGAGAGAAGGCGCUGAUCGACCGGCUGCCGUUUCCCAAGGGCGCCGUGACCAAGAUAUCGACGCACUAUGUGCAUCUGGUCGAGCUGAAUCCGUCGUAUGCGCAUGCGCCGCACCUGCACAUGGCGGCGACAGCCAACCAUUCGCCGUCGGCGUCGUCAGCGCUGUCAGCGACGACAGUGGACCACACCUGGGCUAUCAUCUCGCUGCUUCUGCGCGGGCCGGGCGAGCACGGGGCACCCAAGGCGCCAAUCGAGCUGGUGGGCAAUGAGACGCUUCGCAGCGAGUCAGCCGAGAACGUCAGCACGAUCUGGGUUCUGCCCAGACGCGGGACAAUCAGCCCGUGGUCGUCCAAGGCGACGGAUAUUUUCCGUCUGUGCGGCCUCGGCGAUAUCGUGCAAAGGGUGGAGCGCGGCACCGUGUACCAGAUCGAGUUUGAUCUGGACGUCGUUGAUAACGUCGAUGUCAUGGCCAACAGUGAUCUGGCGAAUGCAAUCUCAGAUCGCAUGACUGAGACCCUGUACGAUGGCUGCCCGGCGGCCACGGUUGUGUUUGAGCAGGCGCCGCCGCGCAAGCUGCGUCAGGUGCCGGUGCGCGGGGCGGAGGCCAGCCAUGUGGUCGAGGAGAUCGAGUCGAUCGAGGCUGCCGCGACGGCUGCCACGGAGAUCGCCAGCACACAGCAGGCGGUUGAGCUGCUGAGCCGCGCCAACAGGGAGCAAGGUCUGGCGCUGGCCGACGACGAGAUCGCAUAUCUGGUGGAGGCGUAUAUGGGCGCCCAUGCAUCGGCCGACGGCAUCGCGCGCAACCCGACCGACGCCGAGCUGAUGAUGUUUGCGCAGGUCAACAGCGAGCACUGCCGCCACAAGAUCUUCCGCGCCGACUGGACCGUCGACGGGCAGACGCAGGACAAGUCCCUGUUUGACUGGAUCCGGGCUACGCAGAAGGCGCACCCGGAGCACGUGCUCUCCGCCUACUCGGACAACGCAGCGGUGCUGGAGGCGUAUAAUGCCGGCAGCAUCAAGGCCUGGGCGCCCCUGGCCGAUGACGGGCAGGUGUGGCGGCAGCGCGAGGCUGGCGCUGUGCAUAUUGUGGCCAAGGUCGAGACCCACAACCACCCGACGGUUAUCUCGCCGUUCCCGGGCGCAGCCACGGGUACCGGCGGUGAGAUCCGUGACGAGGGAGCGGUGGGCAUCGGAUCGAAGCCCAAGUGCGGGCUGGCGGGCUACACGGUGUCGAAUCUGCAGAUUCCGGGGUUCGCGCAGCCGUGGGAGAAGGCCACCCAGCACGUGGGGUUCCCGGCGCACGUAGCCAGCGCCCUGGACAUCAUGCUGGAGGCUCCGCUGGGCGCUGCGGCCUUUGCCAAUGAGUUCGGGCGCCCAGCCAUUCUGGGAUACUUCCGCACAUUCCUGGAGCAGGCGGGCAGCGAGCUGCGCGGCUUCCACAAGCCAAUCAUGAUUGCCGGCGGCAUGGGCAGUGUGCGCGCCAGCCAUAUGCUGAAGAAGCCGUUCGCUGCAGGCGCCCGGCUGAUCGUCCUGGGCGGUCCCUCGAUGCUGAUCGGCCUGGGCGGCGGAGCGGCGUCGUCGGUGGCGGCCGGUACGCAGGCGGCGGAUCUGGACUUUGCGUCGGUGCAGCGCGGCAACCCCGAGAUGGAGCGCCGGUGCCAGAUGGUGCUGGACGGGUGCACCAGCAUGGGCGACGGCAACCCGAUUGCCUUCGUGCAUGACGUGGGCGCCGGCGGUCUGAGCAACGCUUUGACCGAGCUGGUCCACGACUCGGGGCUCGGCGCCGAGAUCGAGCUACGCGAUGUGCCCUGCGCCGACACGUCGCUGUCGCCUAUGGAGAUCUGGUGCAAUGAGUCGCAGGAGCGCUACGUGCUGGCCGUCAUGCCCGACCAGCUGCCUGUGUUCGAGGCUAUUGCCGUGCGCGAGCGCUGCCCGUUCGCCGUCGUCGGCACCUCCAUUGAGGAGAAGCGCCUGCGCGUCUCCGACCGGCUGUUCGGCGGCCACGCAAUCGACGUGCCCAUGGAUGUGCUGUUCGGCAAGCCACCCAAGAUGUCGCGCACAGCCGACUCGCUCGUCUCUGCCUACGAUGCGUUCGACGGCAGCCUACUGCAGUACCUGCCCGAGCUGCCGUUCCCCAUGCGCGUCGCCGAUGCUGUGGCGCGUGUUCUGCAUUUGCCCAGCGUGGCGUCCAAGAGCUUCCUGAUUACCAUUGGCGAUCGGUGCGUGACUGGGCUGGUGGCACGUGACCCCAUGGUUGGUCCCUGGCAGGUGCCCGUGGCCGACGUGGCCGUGACCUCAAGUGGCUACGAGACGUCGGUGCGGACCGGCGAGGCUAUGGCCAUGGGUGAGCGCCCGACCCUGGCGCUGGUGGAUGCGGCGGCGGCCUCGCGCAUGGCUGUAGCCGAGUCCCUGAUGAACAUCGCCGCUGCUGACGUGCCCGAUCUAUCGUGGGUCAAGCUGAGCGCCAACUGGAUGGCCGCGCCCGCCCACCCAGGCGAAGGCGCGCGUCUGUACAGUGCCGUGCGCGCAUUGAGUGAACUGUGCCAGGCCCUGGGCGUGUCAGUGCCUGUGGGCAAGGAUUCGAUGAGCAUGCAGAUGCAGUGGCAGGACAGCUCGGAGAAAAAGAAGGUCACUGCGCCCAUCUCCGCCGUCAUCACGUCCUUUGCCGCCGUCAUCGAUACCCGCAAGACCCUGACGCCUGCGCUGCAGCCCUCUGGGGCUCUGCUGUUUGUCGAUUUGGCCGCUGGCCAGCACCGCAUGGGCGGGUCGGCGCUGGCGCAGGUGUAUAAUCAGAUCGGCCAGCACGUGCCCGACGUCGAGGACAGCCGCGCACUGCUGCGGUUCUUCAACUGUCUGCGCUUCCUGCGCCCGCACAUUCUGGCCUACCACGACCGGUCGGACGGCGGUCUGUUCACGACCCUCUGCGAGAUGGCCUUUGCUGGUCACGUGGGUAUCGACGUAGACAUUGCGCCACUGCUGGCCGCCGCCUCGGAGCGCGAGGCCAUGGAGGUGCUGUUCACCGAGGAGCUGGGCUGCGUGAUCCAGGUCAACAAUGCCCACGUUGCCGAUGUCAUUGCCGAGUUCGCUAUGAUUAACGUGCCCGUCAAGCAGAUCGGCUCUGUUGGUUACCAGGUCGACAAUAAGGAUGCCAUUAGGUUCCGGGCUGGCGGCAUGCCCAUCUACGAGCACACGCGCAGUGCCCUGUGGGCAAUGUGGGCCGAGACCUCCUACAAGAUGCAGCGGCUGCGCGACAACCCCCAGUGCGCCGACGAAGAGUACUCGCUGAUCACCAACGACAACGACUCGGGCAUCUCCUACGAUCUGACCUUUGACCCCGCCCAGACGCUUUCCCUGGUGCCGCUGGCAGAGACUCGGCCGCGCGUGGCCAUUCUGCGCGAGCAGGGCGUCAACUCGCAUGCCGAAAUGGCCUACGCCUUCCACCAGGCAGGCUUCGAGGCUGUUGACGUCCACAUGACCGACAUUUUCAACGGCUCCGCCGUGCUUUCCGACUUUGUCGGCCUUGCCGCUGUCGGUGGCUUCUCCUACGGUGACGUCCUUGGUGCUGGCGCCGGCUGGGCCAAGUCCAUUUUGAUGUCGCCCGCGGCGCGUCUCCAGUUCAAGGCGUUCUUCGAGCGGCAGAAUACAUUCGCCUUGGGCGUUUGCAAUGGCUGCCAGAUGCUGUCCAACCUGCGCGAUGUCAUCCCGGGCACCGAAGAUUGGCCGCAUUUCGUGCGCAACGAGAGCGAACAGUACGAGGGCCGUGUCGUCAUGGUCGAGCCCGUAGCCAGUGCAGAGUCCGCCAAGGUCUUCUUUGAUGGACUCCAGGGCUCCAAGAUCCCGAUCGUGGUCGCCCAUGGCGAGGGCCGCGCCAAAUUCGCCAGCCCCCUCGCCCGCCAGCAGUUCCAGAACGACAAUCUGCAGGCGUUCAAGUACGUCGACCGCACUGGCUCGAAUCACGGUGAUCAGCGCAUCAUGUACCCGAUGAACCCGAAUGGCGCAGACUUGAACCUAGCUGGCGUACUCACCAAGGAUGGUAGGGUGUUGGCCAUGAUGCCGCAUCCCGAGCGCGUUGUCAGGAUUGAUGCCAAUUCCUACGUCCCUGCCGACAAGAUCAUGGCGUGGGAGCAAGGACCCUGGGCCCGCAUGUUUGUCAAUGCUCGUCGCUGGGUCGCUGACAACUACUAA